GGUGGGGGGGGGGGGGGGCCCUGACACGGCGCGGUGCUCACUGACUGCUCCGGGGACGUGUUUCAACAGAUGGUGGAGGUUACCGAGUAUCAUCACAUCGGUGGGAGGAUUAGAGCAGAGAGGUUGUCUUCCAGGAGCUGUGUGGUCUCCCCCACUCUCUCUCUCUCUCUCUUGCUUGUCGCUCUCGCCACUCGCACUCCAGACUCUCUCCACACCCGGGGCUUGGGCUCCCACUCGCCACCAGCGCCACCGGCAGCUCCCCCACCUCCACCACCACCUCCACCACCACCUCCACCACCUCCCCUCUUCCCAGACGCGGAGGGAGAGUCCGAGGGGAGAGACACACGAGGAGACACGGAGCAGACUUCCACCCGCUUAGUGAGAGGGACUGUGGCUCUCCCUAGCCUUCCAGACUCUUCCACGCCAGUGAGCGAGUGACGGAUUGGCCUGGGCUGGAACUCCUCCAUCUCCUCUCCAACGCCCCCCAUCCAUCUCCAUCACCCCCACGCGCUGCCGCCCCCGCACCUCCCCCACCAUGUUCCUCCAGUGGCUCCUGUGCUGCGCGGCCCUCCUGUCUCUGGACUGGGCCCCCGGCUGCUCGGCCUUCACCACCACCAGAGCCCAGGGGCUUCGGGGCCGCAUCCAGCGGGACCGCAGGAACAUCCGGCCCAACAUCAUCCUCAUCAUGACCGACACCAGGGACGUGGAGCUGGGCUCCCUGCAGGUGAUGAACAAGACGCGCAAGAUCAUGGAGGACGGCGGCACCAGCUUCACCAACGCCUUUGUGACCACGCCCAUGUGCUGCCCGUCGCGCUCCUCCAUGCUGACGGGGAAGUACGUCCACAACCACAACACCUACACCAACAACGAGAACUGCUCCUCGCCGUCCUGGCAGGCGCAGCACGAGCCUCGCUCCUUCGCCGUCUACCUCAACAACACCGGCUACCGGACAGGUUUCUUCGGCAAGUACCUCAACGAGUACAACGGCAGCUACAUCCCGCCUGGGUGGCGCGAGUGGGUGGGGCUGGUCAAAAACUCCCGCUUUUAUAAUUACACCGUCUGCCGCAACGGCUACAAGGAGAAGCACGGCGCGGAGUAUGCCAAGGACUACUUCACCGACCUGAUCACCAACGACAGCAUCAACUUCUUCCGCAUGUCCAAGAAGGUGUACCCGCAUCGGCCGGUCAUGAUGGUCAUCAGCCACGCCGCCCCCCACGGCCCCGAGGACUCUGCGCCGCAGUACUCGGAGAUGUUCCCCAACGCCUCGCAGCACAUCACCCCGAGUUACAACUACGCCCCCAACAUGGACAAGCACUGGAUCAUGCAGUACACGGGCCCCAUGAGGCCCAUCCACAUGGAGUUUACCAACUUCCUGCACCGCAAGAGGCUGCAGACCCUCAUGUCCGUGGACGACUCGGUGCAGAAGGUGUACGAGAUGCUGGUGGAGACGGGAGAGCUGGACAACACGUACGUGAUCUACACCGCUGACCACGGCUACCACAUCGGGCAGUUCGGCCUGGUCAAGGGCAAGUCCAUGCCCUACGACUUCGACAUCCGGGUGCCCUUCUUCCUGAGAGGGCCCAACGUGGAGGCCGGGGCCACAAACCCCCACAUGGUGCUGAACAUCGACCUGGCCCCGUCCAUCCUGCACAUCGCCGGGCUGGACACGCCCGCAGACAUGGACGGAAAGUCCAUCUUCAAGCUGCUGGAGCAGGAGAAGACAGGCAACAGAUUCAAACCCAACCGGAAACCCAAAGUCUGGAGGGACACAUUCCUGGUGGAGCGAGGGAAGAUCGUGAGGAAGAAGGAGGACCAGGUGAACACGCAGCAGACCAACAGCCUCCCCAAGUACAAGAAGGUGAAGGAGACCUGCCAGCAGCCCGAGUUCCAGACGCCCUGCCUGCAGCCCGGACAGAAGUGGCACUGCGUGGAGGAGAUCACGGGCAAGUGGAGGAUCCAGAAGUGCAAGGGGGGCGGUCUGAAGGAGGGCCCCAGAAAGAGGGCCCGCAGCCUGCGGCCCCGCAGCAGCUACGACCCCCGGGACGCCAGGGACCCCCGGGACCCCCGGGACGGCAGGGACCCCCGGGGCUGCGAUUGCGGCGAGCCGGACGCGGGCGCGGGCGCCGCCCCCUUCAAGCCCUCCCGCUCGGACCGCCGCGCCCAGCGCCAGUUCCCCGUCUCCAACGGGCAGCGGUUCCGCCCCCGUUUCGUCCACACCCGCCCGGCCCGGUCCCUCUCCGUGGUGUUCGAGGGUCGGAUCUACGACGUGGACCUGCAGGCGGACGACCAGACGGCCGUACAGCGUCGGGUCAUCACCAAGCGCCACUACCAGCCCGAGGACCCCGAGCUCUACCCCGGCUCCAACGACGGCUCCGAGGAGAUGCUGGCGGACGGCACUAACGCCAUCGGGUACCCCAACUCGGUCAAAGUCACGCACAAGUGUUUCAUCCUGAUGAACGACACGGUGCACUGUGAGAGAGAGGUGUACCAGUCCUCCCGGGCCUGGAAGGACCACAAGAGCUACGUGGACCAGGAGAUUGAGGCUCUUCAGGACAAGAUGAAGAACCUCAGAGAGGUCAGAGGUCACCUGAAGAGGCGCCGGCCGGGCGAUUGUGACUGUGGAAAGAGGAGCUUCUAUGGCAAAGGCCAGCGAAACAAGGCCCACAGAACGAAGAACAAGAAAGGUCAACUGCACCCCUUUAAGGAGGCGGCCCAGGAGGUGGACUCCAAGGCCCAGCUGUACAACGACCUGCGCAGGAAGAAGAAGGAGAGGAAGGAGAGGAAGAGGCAGAAGAAAGGAGACGACUGCAGCAUGCCCGGUCUCACCUGCUUCACGCACAACAACGACCACUGGCAGACCGCCCCCUUCUGGAACCUGGGAGGCUUCUGCGCGUGCACCAGCGCCAACAACAACACGUACUGGUGCAUCAGGACCAUCAACGAGACCCACAACACCCUCUUCUGUGAAUUCGCCACCGGUUUCUUGGAAUACUUUGACAUGAACAACGACCCGUACCAGCUGACCAACGCAGUGUACUCGGUGGACCGGGACGUGUUGAACUCGCUGCAUGCCCAGCUGAUGGAGAUGAGGAGCUGCCAGGGCCACAAGCAGUGCAGCCCGCGGCCCAAAGGCCUGGACGCAGGAGGUAAAGAUGGAGGAAGCUUUGAGCCACACAGCACACAGCCCAUAUGGGACGGACGAGUCGGUUAAGCUGCCCAACCUGACGGACGAAGAGGUGGACCGCCAGGGACUGGAGGAUCUGUAUAGCAUCAACGAGAGCGCGUACCAGUGCAGGCCCCACUUCAGCCCCGGCCCGGACAGCUGGGACGACUUCCAGAAGGAUGUAGAUAAUAUGUUUGCACUGCGACACAUUCUGAACCAUUUCAACCAAACCCGAAAGCUUGACGACGACGACCACGACGACCACGACACCGCCGCCCCUGACCGCGAGGUGGGCUCGGGGGCCGGGG